AUGUUGCAAUUGUUACCACAAUUAACUACUACACGUUCCAUUUACAUCGCCAACGUUGGAAUUAAUCAGUCAAGCAUAAUGAGUGAACAGACGAACAAAACUGAAAACGAAAACAAUACUCAAGAAAAUACAAAUGGACAUAAUUCAAACAAUGGAUUAAAACGUAGUCGCGAACAUGAACAUUUAAAUGCACGGUUUUUAGUGUACAGUCGAGAUGCAGGAGCAAUCAUUGGUAAACGAGGUUCAAAUAUUCAAUUGCUUCGUCAGAAACAUAAAAUUGUUAUUCAAAUUCCUGACUGUGAUGGACCAGAACGUGUUCUAUCUUUGCAAGGUGAUUAUGAAUUAUGUAUGUCAGCUAUCGUUGAUAUGUUGCCAAUCUUGAAAGAUAGUCAACGUAUGCAAAAUGAUCAAAGCGAAAUACGUCUGCUCGUGCAUAAGAAUCAAGCAGGAGCAUUGAUUGGAAAGUCUGGUGAACGACUUCGAGAACUACGAACACGAUAUAACGUGGGCAUGAAAAUUUUUGGUGUGUGUUUACCGCUUUCCACUGAACGUGUUGCCGCAUUACGUGGUCGCAUCGACGAUGUAGAAAGUUGUCUGCGAGAAGUAUUUACCAUUCUUGAAGAAGCACCAGUACGCACACAAAUGUCUCUGUAUGAUCCGAUUAAUUUCGAUGUUAGUCUUUCGGCUGAAUACGGUGGUUUCUCUGACGGUAAUUUUGCAGGACUGAUGAAUCAAAGUGGAGGUGGUGGCAAUCCAAUGAACGGUCCACCAUUACCACAUGCGUCACUACACCCACCCCCACCCCCACCACCACCAUCAUAUCAUGGACCGCAUGAUCACGGAAACUUUAACGGACCAUCGUAUGGUAAUCAUAUGGAUUACCCCAGUGGACCAAUGGAUAACUAUAAUCACUUGCCACCUUCGUUAGGUGUUGGACCUAAUCCUAAUUAUGGUCCUCCACAAAUUCAGAUGACUCAAGUGACUAUUCCUAAUCAUUUUUCUAGUUGUAUCAUCGGCCCUCGUGGUACUAAAAUAGCACACAUACGUCGUACAUCGGGUACUGUCAUUCGUAUUGACGAUCCCGCUCCUGGUUCUGACGAUCGAAUCAUAUCUAUAGAAGGUACACCUCAGCAAAUAAGUCAAGCUCAGUAUCUUCUUCAAAUGGCCGUGAAAGAAUCCGGUUUGUGGAAUGGAAACUAG